UUUGCAGGUUGACAAUUGACAUAAUGUUUUCGAUUUGUUUUUUAAACAAAAAAUACAGCUUAACACUGAAACAUGUGUGAAAUCUUAAAUAAAACUUGUAAAACAUGCUUCAGUACUGGAAGGACAACAAGUUCGAUUACAGAUUUGAACAUUCUACUUACUACACUUAAUAUACGGGAGAUAGAUACAUCUAAUGGUGAAAUUUGUUGGGAAUGCAAAGCAGUUGUGUUCAAGUUCUACGAUUUUAAGCAAAAAGCAAUUAGGCUACAGAAUUUACUGGCUGCAUCAAACCAGAAUAAACUUAAAACAUUCAGCUCACUAACAUGCAAAACAAAGAAUAUAUAUGAUUUUGAAUAUAAUUAUGAAGAUGAAGUCAAAGUUGAAUCAAUAAAAAUAGAGCUUUUAAGUUCUGAAAUCAAUUUCAAAGAUGAAAAUACAGAUUUUAAAACUACUUAUGAUAUAAGUGAUAAUAUAGAUAAAACAAAUCAUAAAAAGAAAAAUCAGAUAAUAAAUAAAGCUAAGUCAAUUAAAGAAAGGAUUCUAAAUUCAAAAAUAAUAGAUAAAAUAGAAAACAAAGAUUUAAAAAAUGGAAUCGAGGACAAGCUUAUAGAUGAGAAAGAAUUAAGAAAUAAGUUUAAAACGAUAAUUUAUACAGAAGAGGAGUUAUUGUUGAAUAGAGAAGAGAAGAGAAACCAUCCAAAUUUCAAGAAGAUACCAUUCAAAUGUGAUACAUGUGUACUUGGGUUUAUUAAAAAGGAUUCUCUUGAUUUACAUGUGGAAAAAUACCAUAGACAGACCAUAGGGGCGUAUGAAUGUAAAAUAUGUGAAAAGCGUUUCGCCACUCAGCAUAACUUGCACAAACACACCAAGAACCACUAUGUAUCACAUCGCUGUUUAUUCUGUAGAUAUGAGACUGUCUCUCAGCAUGCUGCAAUCAUACACUGUAGAGAUAAACACUUUGAGGAUGAAGCUGGUAGAGUGCGUUGUAGCCAGUGUGACAGUGUAUUCACGUCUGUAGAGGAAUUAGAAAUACACAUGUCAAAGCAUACAAUAUCUUGUCAGGAAUGCGGGAGAUACUUCAAGGGGAAGCACACCCUUAGAAUGCAUAUAAGACGCAUCCACAACGCCCAUAGACAAUACAUAUGUGACAGCUGUCAAAGGACAUUCAACACGAAAAGCCGGCUCGAGUCGCACAUGGCAACACACAGUGUCGCUCUCGCUGAAAAGCUGUCAUAUUGCGGCAUUUGUAAAGUUCAAUAUAAAAACAUAUACGUGUAUAGAAAUCAUUUGAAGAACAGCGUCAAUCAUUCAGAGAGAGCGUAUAAAUGUUCGCAUUGCAACAAGAUUUUCGCAUCAAAAUUAUAUCUACAGAAACAUAUAGAUUUUUAUCAUUUGCUUAAAUCGCCAUAUAAGUGCAUUAUUUGUAAAAAGUUAUUCAUAUCCGAGUGGCGUUUAGUGAACCAUAGACAAAAGCAUCACGGACUAGCGAGGACCAGAGACCACAUUUGUAACAUCUGUGGCAAGAGGUUUUAUACGUCAUCUACGCUCCGUUCGCACCAGCUCACACACUCCGAAGUGAGGAGCUUCAUGUGUGAGGACUGCGGGCACACAUUCAAACAGCGGCCUGCGUUGUAUACACAUUAUCGUCUCGUACAUAGAGGCAUUAAACGGAAAUAAUA